UUGAUUCUAUGCGAUCGACGAAGGCGGACGCGCUGCCUUCUGGGGUUGACAAUAUAUAUAAAAUAUAUACACAUACGAUAAAUUAUUGAAUAUUUGUGCGCGUUUUUAUUUAAGUAAUUGUGCAGUUUUUAUUGUUUAAAUUGCAAGAUUUACCGGUUAGAAAUUAAAAAGUUAUCUGCAGCUAUUGCUUGAUUAAUCAUUCAUCAUUAUUCAUUAAACUAUAUUCAAAGUGUUCUAUUAACAACGGAUAUCAAAAGUUGUAAGACAAGAUGGGUGAGACAUCAUUAAGGCAAGUGUCAUUUUUACUUCUGCUUCUGAUGUUGCUGAUGGGGCUGAUGAUUGGACCUGUGACGUCACAGCGCACGUCAUUGGAUGAGGCAUUAAGGAAUGUGUAUCGGCCGCUGCGUCUACUGGGCCUGGCCUUCACCGGUCGCUCCGGCGAUGAUGAGGCAAACGUGCAACGCGUACGCAAUGCAGGCAAAACACAAAAAUCGAAUCCACGUACGCGUGCCUUGCUGGAAUUCUGUGAUGCGGAAAAUGGACCCGGACGACGCAGCGACGAGCGUCCGACGAGUGUGCAUCGCUUGCGACCGGGUGACAUUGAUAUCAUUGGUGCCAUGGGUGAUUCACUGACUGCGGGCAAUGGUGUGUUUGCUACCAAUCUCGGCCAUGUCACCGUUGAGAAUCGUGGCGUCGUCUGGUCGAUUGGGGGACAGGACAAUUGGCGAAAGUAUCUAACACUGCCCAACAUACUCAAAGAGUUCAAUCCAAAUCUAUAUGGUUAUUCGCUCAAGGAUGGCCUGUCCACAGAGCGCUCCUCACGCUUCAACGUUGCCGAACUGGCCGCCAUGUCCCGGGAUAUGCCGUAUAUGGCCAAGGUGCUGGUGAAGCGCAUGCAGCGUGAUCCCAAUGUGAAUAUGACGCACGACUGGAAGCUGAUCACAAUGUUCAUUGGUAACAAUGAUUUCUGCACCGAUAUCUGCUACUAUCCACAGCCAGAGUUGACUGUCACGUGGCACAAGCAGAACAUGCUAAAGACCUAUCGUUAUCUCAGGGAUAAUGUGCCUCGUCUGCUACUCAAUGUGGUGCCAGCACCCAAUCUUCGUUUCCUAACCAAACUCUCUGGUUUGCCGUCAAUUUGCCAGAGAACCCUGAGCUUUGAGUGUCCCUGCUUGAUAGGCAAGGCUAAGCAGCAUUUGGAUUACUACGAGCCAAUCAUGAAACGUUGGAUAGCCCAGGACUAUGAGAUUGUCAACAGAACAGAGUUCAAUACAGAGACCUUUACGAUCAAUGUGCAGCCGUUUUCACAGUUCGAUGACUUUCCGCGCACGCGUUCCGGCAAAACGGAUACGAGAUUCUUCUCGGAGGAUUGCUUCCAUCUCAGUCAGCGUGGACACGCGUCGGCAGCGAAUGCCAUUUGGAACAAUAUGCUGGAGAUGCCGGACAAGAAGAGCGGCUUCAACAGUCACCUAUUUGAGAAGUUCAACUGCCCCACCGAGGAGCGUCCGUUCUUCUUGACCAGAGAGAAUAUACGCGACGAUUUUGUCAUCUAGUCGAAGAUAAAAAAAAGCAAAGCCAACUACCUUCUAUCCAUCCAUCCGAACACCCUGUGAUAUGUAUACGUGUGCCUUCUAAGUCUCGCCCCUAUGUUUAUAGUAUUCAUUUACGCUUUGAUAAAAAUAUACGCUUCGGAAUUAGAAAUAUUUCACGACUCAAUAUCUAAUCAGCCAGUCAAACAAAGCCCGCAAAAUUGAUGGGACCCCAGAGAAUCGCGUGUUGAUUUUACUUGGUUAUUUUACUUGCCGGCGCAUUUCCAUAUCGAUUGUCUUAAAUGGAAUGCGCGUGUCUAACACACAAUUGGAGUCGCCUCUAGUUACAUUUGCCACAUAAUAAUUAGCCAAUAGGUUUACACACUUUAUCAAAUUAUUUGACAUAAAUAAAUA